AUGGGCUCUUCCCAAGAGACACCCGAGACGUACUUUGAUGAGGACUUCCAGCCCCCAGUUCCAGUGACGCUGGUACCAGGGUUGAGAUUGGAAGAAUUGCUCGGGUUCCCAGCUUUCCAGACGUGGAAGAGCAAUCUCAAGGCAUCUCUCUCCAAUCACAAGCUUUCCAACUUCCACGACACGUCGUACGAGUUGCGCUCCAUCACCAUUCAGAGUUUCGACAAGUUUAAUCCGCGCUCGAAUGCCAUCAACUUCGUAAAGAUGAACGCCCUGGUGUGCAACAACGAGAAUCCACCGCUGAGGCUACCGGGGAUCGUGUUUCUGCGAGGAGGACGUAGCGUUGCCGUUCUCGUUAUCGUGCGACCGACGGAUUCCCCAGAAGAGCGGUGGGUCGUCAUGGUCGAGCAGCCUCGAAUAGCUAUCGGCAGUCUAUCAUACGUGGAGAUUCCCAAAGGCUUAAUAGAUCACGAGGGGAGUAUAAGAGGCCGAGCUAUGCAAGAGAUGGAAGAAGAAGUCGGAAUGCGGCUGCUUGAUCGGGACCUGAUAGACAUGACAAAGCUGGUUGCGGAAGGGCGCGACAACGACGCGCCAAACGUCAUGUAUCCUAGCCCAAUGUUCAGCGACGAAUGGGUGUCGAUUCUGCUGUGGGAGAAGGAGAUCGAUCGGCAGCAAGUAGAGACGCUCAAAAGGAGACUGACGAGGAGCAACGAUCUGGGCGGCGCCUACUCGCUGAGGUUGCUCAACUACGAGAAGUUGCUGGAAGUCGGCACCAGAGAUGCGAGUACAUUGGCGGCAUGGUCGCUGUAUGAAUAUCUGACGAGGAAUGGGCAGUUGCCCUGA